AUUCUUGAAGGAUCAUUAUUAUUUGUGGUGUUUCAAGGGGUGGAGAAUUUUAUAUAAAAUUAUUACUGCAAGUAGCUAUUCUAAUACAAAGGAAAAUGGCUGAAAACAGAAAUAAAAAGAAAAGAAUAGCACAUAUAGGAAAUAUGGCAAAUGCUCUGGUAACAACAAAUCUGCAUUGCGAUGAUGAACUGGCACAAGCUGAUUGCGAUCUUGUUUAUAACAUAAUGCAAUCUAUGGAGAAAUCGCAAAACGCUGUGUCAUACCAGCAGCUACAAGAAAACCGUUCCAAAGAUAAAGAAAUUUCACGUACUAAUGAUUCAAAAAUGAAAUCCCGUAAACGGAAUAAUAAGUCGCCUAGAAGCUCCAAACAAUUAAAAAAAAAUAUUCCAGAAAAAAGCUUUCCCUUAAUGGCAAAGUGUCAAAAGAGUAUGAAAUAUUUGAAGAAAAACAGGUGUAUUCCUAAACCAAGAGCUCAUGUUGGUUCUCUUCAAGGGCUCCUGCCAAUCCCAACAUCAAAUUUUAAAUCUAAUUAUAAUAAUAACAGUAUUUCAAACAACACAGUAAACUUUAAAGAUCGUACUAUGAACAUAAAACAGUGCUCCAAAAAAAGUGGUUGUUCUUCUGACUUGAAUGCUAAGCAAAAGAAAAAAAUUCCCCAUUCUCCAGACAAAUCCUGUGGCGAAGAUACUUUUCAAACAGAAAGCUUUGAAAAAGAAACCAAGGGAAUCGGCGAUACUGAUUCAGAUAAUGAAUUUGAAAAGUUUCUUCAGAAACAUCAUCCAGAAAAAUAUUCUGCGUCAUAUAAUAAUUCAGGCACCCGAAUUGCUCGCCGAAAUAUCAAAAACACUAAUAAAACGAAGAAAAAAAGAAAUAAGCGGUUAAAGUGUGAUACAAAGAUUUCUAAAGUUACUAGUAAGAAAUUGUCCGAUUUUGAAGAAUCAGCUGAAAGCGAGAGGGAAUGUAUUGAAAAUAACCAUAAAGCUGAAAAUUCUUGUAGUCGGCAGUUCCUUCCAAAAAAGUUUCGAAGAAUUAUUGAACAUACUAAUAGCGACGAUAGUGCAUCAGAUACUUAUUUAAACGAUUCCGGCAUUUUGAAUUACGAUUCUUCCAGUUCCGCAAGGGAUGAAAAUUUAUUAAAUAAAUCAACAGACAAGGAAACUGUGAGGGAUGCUAUAAAUUUGGACAAUUCUGGACGGUUAAGUGUGCUUCCAUCGGUACCAAAUUCAAAUGCUUUAUUUGAGCUUAAAAACGCUUUGAGUUGCAAUGAACUAAAAUUCAAAUUGAAACCAUGUUCUGUUUUGCUGAAACGAGACCCUGCAUUAGAUAAAAAAGCGGCUUCAUUGCAAAAUGGCAAUUCGUCAUUAACAAAUAUGGUACCUUUUUGCAAUUUAUAUGAUGAUGAUGAUUGUUGUAUCAUAAGCGAAACUUCAACAAAUGAUUUUAUCAGCCAAGAAUCUCAAAACAUUAGGCAAUCUGUAGAACAAAGAAAUCCUUCUCAAAGGAAAUCGGCAGUUCUCUCAGAAUCUUCUAUUUCGGAAGCAUUUCCUGAAUUAGAUGGCACACAGGAUAAAUCUAUGUGUACUGGAAAGUUAAAAGAUAGCAGCUCAUGCGAACUUAGAACACAAACUGAUACAAGUUCAUUGAUUUCUAAUUCUAAGUCGGCUAAGAAUUUAUUCGAAUUCAAGAGCAUAGAAAAGCAGGGCAAUGAAAAAGUAUCGAGAAGUGUUGAUACAACAAAAAAAUCUGCACUUGAUACUACAAAAGAUGAGAGUUCAAUUGUAAAUAAAGUAACUACUUACUCUAAUGAAAACAUAAAUUCUAUUGAAUGUGAAGAAAAAGGUGCAACCAGUAUAAAAAGCUUAACUCGGCAUACCUCAGAUUUAUCGAAAGAUGAAACUCGUGUUUCUUUGAACUCUAAUAGACCAACAUCUACAGAAAAGGAAAUAUUUAAUGUUCAGAUAUUAUCUGUGAAAUCCUUAAAUGAGUCGGAUGUUGUUAUUUUAUCAGAUGAUGACGAGGAAAAAGAUUCAAAAACGAUACCUUCUAUAAAUGUGACAAAUGAAAAUGUAGCAGAAGAUUCUGAUAUUGAAAUUAUUUGCCUUGAUUCAGUUAUUGAUAAAAAGAAAUCUGUAAAUGAAAACGCCAAAGAAGUUUUGAAAAAUGAAAUCCACAAUAAAGUAGAUACUAGUUUAAAGGAGAAUUCGAGUUGUUCUUCAGUCCAGCCUAUGGUUUUGGAUGAGGAAGAUUGCAUAAUUUUAGACGUUGUAGAUUUACCAAUUGAAAAGCACGCUGUAAAAAAUGCAGAUAAGAUGCAGCAAAGUUCUCAAAUGAAUGUGAUCUCAGAUCACAUUAUUAAGAUUGAGAAAGAGAAUUCAAAUAAAGGUGAAGAAACAAUUUCAGAUAAAAAAGUAGAUACAGGGAAUACAAUUUUAAAAAUUUUGGAUACUAUCGACUUUAAUUGUAUAAAGAAAGUAUUAAAUGAGACUACAAUCACUGAUACUCAGAAAGUAGAAAAUUCAGAGAGUAUUUCAGCUAUAGCUGAAGAUACGUUGUGUGAUGUUAAUCAAACUUCGAAGGAAGACGGGACAGUUGAUUCGUUUCCUAAGAAACGGAAACAAAGCCAAAAUGAUACAAGUUUUCCUAGUAAACCAACUUUGAUUGAUGUAAAUGUCACGCCUGUUGGUAAUUCUGAAGUUAAUAUUAGAAGUGUAGAAACUUCACCAGUUAACACACAAGAACAUAAUUUUGUUAAAAAUUCUAAUGUUCCGCAUAAGAUUAUAAAAAACGAUUCUGAAAAUAUGCAAGAUUCACCGAAAUCGAAUAUAUCCUCAAGUAGAGAUUGUGAUAAAAGUUCUACCUUUUUAAACUCAAGUACUGAUCUCGUUGUGCCAAAAUUAUCCAUCUGUGAGAAAGAAAUUAUUGCUUCUGAUUAUAAAACUAAACAAGAUGUUACGUUUCAUGCAGGAAAAAAUCAACAAAUGCUUCCUGUUUAUCCUAAAAUGGAGAGUUACGAAAGUCCGUUUGAUGAACUGGAUAUUAUAGCUGCUAAAUCCAUUCAAAAUUUAGGUGAGCAUGAAACGAAAACGGUUUUGCCUCUAUUAGAUCUAUAUAGAGCAGAAUAUAAGAAAUUUAUGGAAAUAAAAUGUACUGAACAAAAUGUCAGUGCAGGCUUAAAAUUAUUAGAAGAACAACAAGCCAAAAAAUUAAUGGUCAUUUCUUCAUCUAUAAAAAAUCUUGUGAAGAAUGAUGGAUGUUUCCAUAAAGUGAAUAAUGAAUUUAGAAAUAAUCAAACUGAACAUAAAAGUUUUGCUAAAAUUAGUCAUGUAAAGAAAGAUGAAUCUCUGGAUGAAAAAAAACCUUUAGAAAGUAUAAAACCGCUUUCAAACGGUAAUUACUGUGAUAUAGAAAAGGAUGACAAGGUUAGAAUUUUUCACCCGUCUAUCGUUGAAAAGGCCUCUGAAGUUAUAAAAUCAAAAACAGUUGGACCAUCAAGCAGCCGAGAGGUUUAUAACCAUCUGAUUAAUUGUGUAUGUGCUGAGUGUGGAAAGCAUGCAGCGUUUGCGUGUCUUGGCUGUGCUAAAAUAUAUUAUUGUUCUGAAAAGUGUGGGAUGUCUUCUUGGAGCAAAGGUCAUUAUGCCACUUGCAGAAAAUGAUGCCGCCACGUGUUCAUGUACAAUUUAUAUAUCAUUGUAUUACUUGUUUUUAGUAGCUUGCAUUGUAUGUGAAGAUAUGCAGCAUGAAAAAUGUCCAGUUCAAUGCGGAACAAUUUUUUGUCUGUUUUAUUGAUGUGUUCAGUUCUUAUUUUAAUAGCCAGAAGUUCGAAGCUUAAUCUAUGUUUUCUAAGUUCCUGUAUAUUAUGAAAAAGUAUGCAGUUAUUUUUACGAAUGUACAUUACUUUCUGUAAUAUUUUUCAUUUUUUCUCUAAGUCAUUUUAUUACGAGUCUAAUUCAAUGUAAUGUAACCAUUACUCCCAUAUUGUACAGUCAUUUCAAAUGUAAAAAAUGUUGCAUUUAUAUCCUUGUACUCAUAUAAUUUAUUUUUGUA